GUAGCUCGCAAUUGCUGAUGGUAGGCCGCCGUUUGAUGACGGUGUUAUGUACUGGAGCAUGAAAGAAGCUACAUGGGGUCAAAGCUGCGGUACAGGAGUCCACACUCUUGCAUUCGGAGGACCUUCAAUCUGAUCCCUGUGACUGCGGCAUGCUUUGUUUCUGAAAUGGGCAUAGAUAUACCUAAAAGCUAUGUGGUAGGACUACUUGGACUCGAGGAACUACUGGAAUCAAGAGAUGUCACGAAUAGCAUCUGUAGCCAAGCAACUGCAAGUGCAACAGAAGAAGCUGUUUUGUGGACGGAUGAGUAGCAAGAUGGAAGCCAAGAGCGGCAUGCGCAAGCGUGUGUCGAUUCGAAAGACUAGACCCGAUAUAUCACUAGUAGAUCCACCAGUGGCUCUAUAGCCCGUGUGCCGGACUGUGAGUGGCCCAGCUAGACUUUAGAAAUCGCAGCGCUUCUAGCAUUUCGAGUAGCAUGUUUUGCGAUUGCUG